AUGUUGCUUUCUGAGCAAGAUCCGAAUGGCGGCGGCCGCAUGUCUCGAGCCUCUAACGUCUCCGCCCUGAGCCGAACAUCAGGUAAACCCGCAUCGCGGGCACCCAGUUCUGAGAUUCAACCUGCUCUCGAUCGCGGUGUCUCGUCUAUGCUCCGAACCGGGACCGAGAUGGGCAACGUCGGCAUCGGCGCCCAGUUUGACGACUUGUCUGGCAUCAACAAUAUGCAGCGUCCCAUGCGUUCGCGUGCGACCAGCAGGAUGUCGACAGCUUCUUCCAUGUCCAACACCUCUAGCCGAGCCAGCAAGCAGCUCCGUCACUUCCCUUCGUCUUCUUCCGCACCACGCCAGCCAAUGUCACAUUAUGGGCAGCAGUAUGUUACCGACACGCUCUCUCCAACAACGACGAACGCCUCCGGCUCAUCGCCUUUUAAUGGAAGGGCCAAGAGCGACAGGGACUCACAUCGCUCGCAUUCGAUGACGCAUACCAUACAGGCACCCAGGUUCGGCCUCGUAAGCAACAGGUCUCUUACCAGUCUGCGCCCUCAGCCGGCAUCUCGAUCUUCGAACUCAUACAACUACCCGAUAUCAUACGGGAGUGGGCUCAGACCGCCUGGUCCAUACCAGGGAUCAGUCUCACUUGCCUUAGGCGACGACGCUCGACUACCACUCCAAGGAUUACAAGCGUACGACGACCAACGAGUUUCUUAUGCUGUUCAACCACAGAGCCAUGGCAAUCCAGUACGUGCAUACUACAACCAUCCGCAGCAGCAUGCUGGGCAGAGACAAGAAUAUCGUGGCUACAGCAGCCGGCACAAUCCAGGACAUAUAAGGGCCGCGAACCCGUCUUCCCGAUCUACCAUGAGUCUUGAGGAUCGUGCCGCCGUCGAGGACGAAGAAUUCCCUGUCUACGGUGAAUCCUAUUAUCGCGAUCAGCCCAGGCAGAUGCAGAACCUGAACAGCGGACAUCUGAUCCCUCGUAAGGCGCUGGGCAACGUCAUCCGCGAGGCUCGCUUAGAAGAUCGAAGGGAUCAUAGGCCUAGGGGUGGUGAGCCUCGUUCAGAGGCUCCGCCCUUGCCCGUUGAUCACAAACACCGUAUUGCUGUCGAACAAGCUCGUCUCAAGAGGUCUGCGCCUGCUUCCAUGUCCAGUUUUAACACGAAUUUGCGUACAGACUCAGACCCACCAUCGUCUGACAUGGCCCUACCGCCAACUCCGAAAGAUGGCAUCUCUAUAGAAGUGCACCGAAGCCUCGACAGAACCAAGGUCUUCAAAGUCGCAGAUACGAACCACCUGGUCGUUACAGAAGAACAUCCUGCGGUGCCAAAUUAUGGGAUGGAUGAACAGCUCGAACGUAAUGAGGCUGGAGAACCAGGAGCUGAAGCCAUCCCUAUUAGCUUCACAGACCGGACCAAAACCGUCGUCGAACAGUCUAGUCCUGAUGAAGCGACGUUGAAGAGUGGUCCUUUUUUAGGACAAGAGGCACGACCAAUGUUGAUGGAGGUCGUGUCUCCCCAGUCAUCAAGUAUCGGCCAUAUCGUAAACGGCGUUGCGGAACUCCCAGCGUCCCCAGUAGCUCGCCGUAUCACGAGGCAUUUGAUCCUAAGAGGACUGGAGACUUCAACGACGGACGAUAUCCAGUCUUCCAUAAAGUCAAUGAGCUUUUCGGGGGCAUCUCCAUCGCCCGCGGGGAAACCCUCGUCGCCGUCAAGAAAGUCAUUGAUUCCAAGGUCUCUGUCCCCGAAGUCCCUGACUCCAAAUUCUCCGACGACGUCAAAGACGAGUGAGUCCACUCAAUUGGAUCGCCUACCUGAUGGAAAGUACUCUGCAUCCGAUAUGAUAUCCGGAGCCGCAUUGCGUCCGGUAGACAGCCCAGAUAACUGCCAUAGCAUCUUGUCGCAAACUGGAUCCAGCCUUCUUGAUUCGUCAACACUUGAAUUCGCAAUUCAACAUUCCAUACCGACAGCCAAAAGUGGUGGCUUCCGAAAUGAAUCUGGCGUUCAACCUGAUGUUUGCAGGAACACUGUCAGUCCUGGCCACAGUACCGAGGAUGGCAUGUCGGAUGUCCUUGCAGGCUACCAAGGAAACGAUUCCAAGAAUGGAACUGGCGCUCUUGUGCGAGUCGGGACGAUCAAGAAAGACAUGAGCGAUACGGAAGAGCAUACAGAUGUUUCGACAGAUCACGACUUGAAACCACUGCCACUUGCUCUUCGCUCCAGGAACAGCCACGUCCAAAAGUCGUCCGAUGAACUGUCCUUCAAGUCGUGCACAGAUCAACCAGAGGCAUCUUUAGAGUCGACAUCGUUCCAGAUGGGAAAGGACCCUGGCAAAGGCUAUUCUGCGUCUGCGAUCGAUGUUGUGUCACAACAAGAUAGAUCUUGCAAGGAAGCAGAUGCCUGUUCUGUCGAGAUUUCUGCAAGUCCUGUCCGGACUUCCUCCGUACCAUCAUCUCGACUACCGUCGUCCAACUUAGGGACUCUGGUCAUGAGCCAAAACAGGGCGACUACUGAGGUGCCUCGGUCAAAGCCUCCCUCUGUUAUGCUUCGCAAGCAGCCGCCAGUGCCUCGCCGAGAAUCAAGCUUCUCCAUUGUGGCAAACAGACUGCGGACCAAUUCAAAGCAGAAUAUGAAGCAAGGCUCAGUAUCGGUGUCUGGUUCGUCAUCCACGCUUAGCACCACGCACAUGACGCCGGUGGUCCCACCACGUGAGUCUUCUACUUCAAAGGAAGCUCAACGUGUGCAUGCUGCAGUCUCUUUCUUAAUGCGCCCACUACCAUCGCGCUUUGCUAGGUCUCGAAAGUAUUCCGAGCAAGGCGAUCUGCCGAGGUCAGAUGAGACAAGUUCAUCUGCUCAUGAUGUGAAUCAAGACGUGAGCGAUGCCACGAGCUGUGAUGAGGUCGCAAGUUCAUCCCUGCCUAUUGUGGAGGUGCACGAUACACCAAAAGCUACAUCAUCGAAGCCAAAAGGGGUACCUGCCGUGAAAACGCGAGCCAUUACCUUUGAUACACCACAAGCUUGCAACCCGUACAAGGUACUUGGUAACAGCCCGCUUCCUGUUGCGCAACACGGAGAUCUCAAUAGCCCGACUCCUGCCACCUUGGAGCCCUCAUCUGUGUAUUCGAUGCAAGAUAACUCUUCAAACUCACAUGCAGACUCAACGGACGGAGUUGCGGCUGUUCCGGUACCUAAUUAUCGCGACAGCCAGACUACUACAUACUUAGAAUGGCACCGCUAUGAGCCCUCUGCGACAGGUGGUGGAGCUCAGCAAUCGCUUCCGUCAAGCGUUAUUGCGACUCAUUCCAACUCUUCUGCCUUGACCCCCUUAGCCAACAUUCAGGAGGACACCACAACGAACCUCAGGCUGUCCGGAUAUAGGUAUCCUGGUCCAUCUCGUUAUCUGCCUGAUCUGAAAGAGGAGUCGCACGAGGACUCGAGCCUCAACACGAGUGCCAGCAACCUAAAGGGCUCGAGUUUCCGCUUUGCGUUUGGGAUACCGUCGGGUGUUCGGGCUUCGGGAGAGGAUCCGAUCAAUUUCUCGAGAAGGUCUUCUAUGGUGUCGCAUCGUCAGAGUGUUAUCGGUAGCAAUGUUGGCAGCGCGCUUGGUCAGGCCCACGGCUUGCCUUCGAUGCGGUUCAGCCGAAUGAAUCUGUUUGAUGGUCUGACCGACGAGCUCGGCCUCCGCUAUUCGAGGUCGAUGGAGGAGGUGCCUAAAACGUCGCAGAGAAUGAGUAGAGGUAGUCCACUGCGUCCUGCUUCAGCAGGUGAUGUCACUGGAAUGCGCCUUUCUCUCGCAGAAUUGAAUGAGGCCGAGCGCUCAAGAUUGUCAAUGCAGCCUACCGCCAUGAUGAGCUUGUUCGCCAUGCAUCGUGCGCGUUCGCCGGAGCUCAUGGCGGAGAUUGAGCGGCUAACUAUACCUUCUGUUGGGGGGCUCACGCAGCGCUUUUCGGAGUUCUUUCCGUCGUUGAGGGAGUACUAUCAGUGUGGUGAGCCAUCUGAGUUUCCGAUUGAGGAAGGGAUCGAGAAGCACGCAUUGGAGGAGAUUCACGAGAUUCAUCCGACGCAAAAGCGCUCUUCAGCUCGACUUCGGCCUAUGCGUGGCGUAUCCCACAUGGUCGUUAUGGAGGACGACCUCUACGAUGAGAUUACGAGCAAGGAGAAGGAGAGUGGCAGUCCAGGUCGCCCCAACGAUGGGGGUGCUGCAAACAGCGCUAGUGAGGCAGACUCAAUCGCAGACGAGUCGGCCUACGAGGACGACGUGACUGCCACCCCAAAACACAACAAGACAGCUCUGUUUCCAAAGCUUCAAGUUCCGUCACCUGCUGUUUUACGUCCACGUUCCCAUACUGUCGGUCCUCAAGAGCUUCGUAUCUCAGGGGAUUCGGCUCUGCCGUCAAGAAGGUCUCUGAGAUCGAUCGUUUCGACACCCACAGCAACCGAGACGCGUCCUUGGAACUCGGACAAGAACUAUCCCUGGGCAACGUCAACAAACCCCGCGAUCGAGAUCUCACUCCCUCGUCCAACCGUCGCAAAGCACUCCCCUCGCCCUGGUCCCUCCCAUCUCCGCAGCAGAGUCUCUGACGCGAGUACUGCGAGCUCUUUCUCGACUGCUCAGACAGCUACAGCAUCGCCCUUCGGUUCACCAUCUGACAGCACUGCACACGCACGUCAUCAUCGCUUCAGCGCCUUUGGCCGUAACGGUGAUCAGCCGCACGCAGUCGGAGAACGCUAUCCUACGUCAGCUUUGUCUCCCCCUACGGCCAUCUUCCGUGAUCACCUUUCUGCCUCUGACACUUCUGACGACGAGCAUUACGACACCACGCACAAAACCAGGCUCUCGCUGCGGAAGCGGUUUUCGUCAACUCGCAAGGCUAAGCUUGAUAACCAAACAGCUAUCAGAGCUAGCAGAAGCAAGACCAACGCACAAGCCCUUGCCUCGCCCGAGUCUACCAAGCCGUCUACGAAUUCGAUCUUGCAGGACUGUGUUGGUGAAGCUCAAGCGUUCACGUCACCCACUACUGCAAACCGCCAUACCUUCCGUAACGCGGAGGGUAUGAGACCAGUUGACUACCGCAAACAUCGUAUCAUCGACCGCAUCAAGACUUGGUGGCACAAAGGCUCACAUUUGAUUCGGCAACUAUCAACCCGCAAGCAAUCCUCCACUACGGAUACCACAACUACGUAA